AGGCGCUGCAGUCAACAAAUGGCUCUUCUGUCUAUGACAAUCACAAGCUUCAGACCGACGCGUCAUCGUCGGGUUUUAUUUUAAUUUUUUAAUUAGGUACAUAUAAGCGACAAAGAAAAUUGUGAUAAGUGUGAUUUUAUACACAUCUCGGUGAUAAUAUUAGUGUUAAGAUUUGUUAUGUUGUUGAUGCACAGUGGAAACCUAAACGAGCUUACCCUGCCUGCAGUGCGUGCCAAGAGCCCCAGAGUCCCAGCCAUUAGAUUGCGUGGAGUGUUCCCUGUGUCCGCCCACACGUAGCCCUGUACGCAGCCAACAUUCCGCGCGACACGACGGACACAUCCUCCAGCAUGGACCUGGAGAAAACCCCCACUCUCCACGAUGAAGACUCCAAAGUUACCCUCACUAUCAGACUGAUUAUGCAGGGGAAGGAAGUUGGCAGCAUUAUUGGUAAAAAAGGAGAAAUUGUCAAGAGAUUUAGAGAAGAGUCUGGAGCAAAGAUUAAUAUAUCUGAUGGAUCAUGCCCGGAGCGCAUUGUCACUGUCACUGGCAACACAAGUGCAAUAUUCAAAGCUUUUACACUCAUUUGCAAGAAGUUUGAAGAGUGGUGCUCGCAGUUCAACGAGGGCGGCGGCGGCGGGUCGCGCGCGCCCAUCACGCUGCGGCUCAUCGUGCCCGCCUCGCAGUGCGGCUCGCUCAUCGGCAAGGGCGGCUCCAAGAUCAAGGAGAUCCGCGACGUCACCGGAGCCAAUAUACAGGUUGCAAGUGAAAUGCUUCCAAAUUCAACAGAACGAGCAGUGACAAUCAGUGGAACCUGUGAUGCGAUCACACAAUGCAUUUAUCACAUCUGCUGCGUCAUGUUAGAGAGCCCACCAAAAGGAGCAACAAUUCCAUACCGACCAAAGCCAAACGUUGCUGGCCCAGUAAUCCUUGCAGGAGGACAAGCUUACACUAUCCAGGGCAACUAUGCAGUGCCAGCGCAAGAUGCGGUGUGCGCGCCCGUGUUCCCGGUGGUGGAGGUGAAGCCGCCGCUCGUGGGCGCGCUGCCGCCGCUCGUGGGCGCGCUGCCGCCGCCGCUGCACGACCACCACCUCAUGGGGGGUCUGGCAAAGUCGCCACUGGCUGGCCUCGCGGCUUUGGGUCUUGGAGGUCUGGGACCUGCUAAUGCUGCCGGUCUAAACCCUGCAGCGUUAGCGGCUCUGGCGGGCUCGCAGCUGCGCACCUCUAACCAGUCGCGCAACCAGCCGCAAACCAACCAGCAGUCGCACGAGAUGACGGUCCCUAACGAGCUUAUAGGAUGCAUCAUUGGAAAGGGCGGCACUAAGAUCGCUGAAAUUCGUCAGAUCUCCGGUGCCAUGAUACGAAUAUCCAAUUGCGAGGAGCGUGAGGGAGGCAGCACUGACCGUACCAUUACCAUAUCCGGAAACCCAGACUCUGUGGCGCUAGCUCAGUAUCUUAUCAAUAUGAGGAUCACGAUGGAGACGGCGGGGCUGCCGCUGCCCGGGUACCACUACAUCGCGCCCAACCACAUCGUGAAGGCGCCGAUCCAUUGAAUGGGGCUGCGCGGCUCGGCGUUGGGUUCGGCGCUGGGCUCGGCGUUCGGCUCGGCGUUCGGUUCGGCGCUGCACAAGCCGCUGGCGCCGCACACGCCGCACUCCCCCCUGUCCCCCCACACGCCGCUCUACUCGGCCCUGGCUCCGAUAUACUUCUUCAAGUGAAUGCAAAUCUCUAGCGAUCGAGGGGAAUCUUUGGCGUCCCACCAGAUUCUCGCUGAGCAUAUGUUUACAUUUGUUACGAGUUUAUAAGUAUUUUAGAUAUUCUUAUAUUUAUUCUCCACUGUAUUUAAUUGAUUGAAUCAUAUCGUGUCGGUAAUGAUUAUAAAUUAGAUAAAAAAAAUAACAGGAAUGACGGACUGGGAAAAUUGUAAUAUCGGAGGUUUUUAAAAUGACUGACGUUUUAAAUUAUUGAUCAAUCCGUGAUCAGUGAACAGCGGUCGGUUACGGAACACUCUUAUUAUGAAUAGUGGACGAUUUGAUAUAUUUCUUUUUUGGUUGAGCGUUCACGGAUCAUGGAUUUCAGAAAAUGUAUGCAGAGGGAGAUAGCUAAGCUGAUCGAAUUUACUAUGGAUUUAAGCGUUUGAGUAUUUCAAUUAUCUAUCUAUUUUUUAUUUGAUUAGGUUCAAUACUGAUCACAAAUGAUAAUGUUCAAAAUAAUUAAAAACGAGUGUCGGCAAACAGUAGGUGUAGAUGCGUUACAAUCGACCUCGGACCCGCUGACGUAGCGUAGUGUUAGAUUAGCGAACAGAGUGAGAGGGUUAAAGACAAUAUUUGUACAUAAAAUAAUCGUAAUGACCUGGACAAUUAGGUGUUACAGUAAUAAUACAGCGGCGCGAGUCGCGGCGAUACGAAACCGAUGGGAUCAAAUCCUUUAAGAAACUUACAUUAAACGGAGGCAGAGGCGAAGCGUACAUUUCAUUUAAUGUCGUCUAUAAUUAUCACAAAAUAAAAGACGUUAGUUGUAUAAACAUAGUGUUGCUAAAUGUGAUAGUCUUGUAAUUUAUUUUACAUUUGAACUAAUAAGAUCUCUAACAUAUACACAAUGUGUACAUCGGCUACUGGAAAUUUAAGUCGAAUAAAUAAUAUUGGUCUAGGGAUCAAAGCCAAAGAUUGUUAAAAUUUGUUUAACAUUAAUAAUGUUGUGGAUUUAUGCUAAAUUAUUCUGAGAGUAGUUAAUGUUUAGUGAUGUAAUGUAGAAUGACUUAGUUAAUUAUUUUAUUACCCUCUCCAGACUGCUCAUUGUGUUUAGGCGUAGAAUUAAUAUAAUAGAUAUUACUGUGGUUAUCUACAUAUUUCCAAAAAAAAUAAAUAAAAAAAUCACAUAGUCUAAGGUAGAUUAAGGUAAAUGUAGGACCACUGUUCUUAAAAGCUUUCCAGUGAAUAUUAUUUUAUUCGCAUAGAAAAAGACUAGUGCCACGAGACAACAAAAAUCGCGUGCCAAAGCAAUUUGUAUUUCGUAAAACUUUUCAUGUAUUAAGUAUUUAUGUUGUAUUUUAAAACACUUCUAAAUCUAGUAACAAAUGUUAAGCUACUAAGUUACAAAAAGUAAUAUUAAAUAUUAAUUUUGCACUCUAGUUGUAAGAUUACGCAAUUAGAUUAAAGAUGUAUAGUCUCGAAACAUAUCCCGACAUAAUAAGUCUUUCCCCAUGUCUUCCCCCAAGUAUUUGAGUACUAACGUAUGAUUGUGCCAAAGUUGUGUUAAAAUGUAUGAAUGAACAAAUGUAAGCGAACGGCAAGUUAGUUAUUGGAGAUCAUUAUGUUCGACGGUUUUAUUUCGUUGAUAUUGUUUUUGUAUUAUCGUACUAGUCAAAUUGUUCUGAAAACAUAGAAAAUUAUAAUUUUUACAAUGCUAGUCAAAAUUUAUCAUUUGGUUUAUUCGACUAAAAACAAAGUGUUCAUAUUAUUGUUUUUAUUUUUGUUUGUCAGAUUGUUUAAUGUUUUUGUGUGGUCUCGCUUAAAUUAAAUGACUUAGCAAUAACAUUUUUGAUAAAAUCAAUUAUUUAUAGACUAAUCAAUUGCAAUUAAGAAAAUGUAUAGAGCUUUGUAAAGUAAGUACCACACAGGUAAAAUAGCAUUAAUUUAUAGAUAUAGGUAACUAUGAAAUAAUAAGUUUGAAAAAUAGAAAUUACUAAAGAGAAGAGAUUUCAUAGCUGUGAUUAACGUUUGAAGGGCACUUUUGUGCAAUUGCUACGUCAGGUAACGGACGCUGUACCGUGUAGAGGCGACGCGGCCUGUAGUGUUAGUGCACGCUUAUAGCUCGUGUCACACGUCGCACACAUGUCACCACAUGUCACACCACCGGGGGAACGAGCAAUCUAUAUUUUAUAUAUAGGCAUAUUGCAUGCAACAAGGCAAUUGUAACGCAAAUACUUUCUAAUUAUAAAGUAUUAGAUCAUGGGUGUUGUCGUUAAUAUUUAGUACAAUGCAAUUUGAAUUAUUAGUAGGUAAUAACUACUUAGUGUUUAUUUUUGUCACGUGUAAUUAUGUUCAUUUAUAUUUUAUGAUAAUCAAGACAAUCAAUAUAAUCUUUAUUAUACUCAUAUUUAGAGUAGAUAUUAUGAUAUACUAUUGUUAUUUUGAUUUGCUCAAUUUUUUGACUAUUGUUGUAAGCUAAGCUUCAAAAUUUAUAUUAAGUUUGUCUAUUAUUUAAUGAACAAGCAAUAUUAAAGAUUGAUGUGAAUAAGACAUAUCUCGCAGGCAUGCAGGAGUGUACUGAGCUGCGAAAGAUAUCGCGUGUAGGUAACUAUUUAUCACCUGAACGUGGUGUAAGGUUAAUUCAGUAGGAGAAGAUUAAUAACACUCUUGAGUAUUUUAAAAAUCUCUUUAUUGUAUCUAAUUGCCGUACCCCAUAAAUUAAUUAUCUUAGAGAAAGAUUCCCGUAAAAUAUUUUAAAACGCGAAAAAUAAACACGCAUAUUAUUUAUGCUGAAUUUAAAGCCAAAGGACCCACUUAGUGACAUAAAAACGAAGUUUUCCCAAAAUACCGGCUUAUUAUUUUACUAUAUUCUUUAAAUGAGAAACUAACUAAUAGAUAUCGCCACAACGCAUCAAGUACGAAAACACACAAUGAUGCUUAGGUCACUGCAUUAGAACAAUGAUGACUAAUUACAAGGAGCCGCACAAGAGAACGCAAAAUAUCUGAUUCUGAAAUGAGUCGGAUAAAAAAACGACCAAAAUGAAACAAACUUCCUUCGUCAAUAAUAUGGUAAAGUGUAAGUUUAUAUCAUUCUAUGACUAAUUGACAAUAUGAAUGUAUACUAACAGAUAGAUGGUUAAAAGUGUUGCUAUUAUAAAUGAAACAUAUUUUCUUGUGUGUUCAGUCUAGCGAUAUCCAUGAGUUAGUUCAAUAGUGAUCAUCGCCGUAUUCGUUUUGUACCAGUGAUUAUUUUGUAAUAAUCCAAAAUGGUUUUCGAUUUCCAAAUAUUAUAAUGUACUGAAGGUUCAAAUCGGUGCCAUCUGUUUUAAUAAGUUUUAUUGGUCGUAGUCCCCCAAGUAUUCGAAUUAUUGUCUUAUUUGAAAUAUAACUUAAGUAUAUCAGUCCCAUUGGACUGAAGCGUUUCUUCAAUAUACUAAUUUAUUUUACUGUUAUGAAUUGUAUUAGCCUUUAUUGACAGGGUCAGACUGCGUUGUAUAAUAGUGUAAUUAAAUUCAAUUUUAGUAAAUAAAAAUAAAUGUAAUAGUAAAUUUUUUUAACAACUUCGUGUUACAGCACCUGAAUUUGAGAUAAUGCACCAUUUUUAAAUGUCCUAUUUAUCGGAUUUAGUGGCGAUUCGAUUGACAUAAUAUUGUAUUUGUUCGGAUAUUUUAUAUAAAAUCCUUUUGAAAGAUAUUAUAUCUACCUACGAGAGAGGAUUUACAGGCAAUCUAAAAAUGCAAAAUUACGAUAUAUUAAAACAAUAUUUUGCUACGUCGUAAAUAUGUAUAUCCAAGUACAGGUUUCAGACGAUUGGGUAAGAAGGGUUGUGUAAUUUGUUAUGCAUAUACAGUAUUCAAUAUAAUAUUAUAACUUCUUUGAUCCUUCUUAGAUAUUCUAAAUUUAUAACUACAAAUUCAUCUUAAAUGUAGUUAAUCAGGGUAUAAACAAGUAUGGUACAGAAAAAUCACAAUAAUUUCACUUAACAGAAUCGUAUAGUUCAAAUAAAUCUAUGCUUAUAAAUAAAUUACUUAAAACGUCAUGCGACGCAAAAAAUAUUGUGCGUAUAUCCGUAUAGUGUAACAGUUGUCCUCUUAUUUAUAAACUUUCUUAAUCAGUAUGAUUAUUAUGUCGCAUACACUUUUAAACCAUUUAAUAUAAUGAAGUGAUAUAAAAGUGAUUAGUUAAAACGGUGAUUAAGGAUGUUUAUAUCUCAGUUGGUAAGGUUUCAAACAGUUUAAUGAAUGUAAUUCAUGAUGCAUUCAAUGUAUACGAACGUAUAAUCAAACGUUCACAACUAUGUGAAUUUCAAUUGGAUUGUUUAUUUACGUUGAAACCUAUUUAUUUAUCUAUGCCUCGUAUUUCAAGUUCGGUGUUUGCAUAAUUUAGUAUUAAAUUUUAUAGUAAUUAUCGACUGAGUAUAGUUAAGAAUUAAUAUCAAAAAUCCAACAAAACUAAUCGGGUCUCUUGAUUUACUGCUGCAAUUUCGAUAAGCAUUUAAUUUUUUUUUAUUUAAUGUCGUUAUUGAGCAUUGUAUGAGCUUCUGGAAUGUCUUAUUCUCAGAAACUGACUAACAUAUCUAUGAUUUAAAUAAACAUUUAAUCAGAGUUUGUUAUCUUUAUAAAAUGAAUCGUAAACUUAGUAUUUAUAAGAAAUUAUCGAUGAUAUUUGAUUCACACAAACGACUGUUAUUUAAGAUGUGGCAGUAUGAAAUAAAACCUUGCAUCAAAACAAACCUUAUUUUGCUUCUUUUUAUAUUUUUAAGUCUGAAAUUUAUUUAUGUUGUGAAUCCAAACUAUUUGAGUAAGUUGAAACAUAUCUAUAAGUAAUUGCAUAUACGUUUGUGUGUAAUCAAAAUAAUUAAAAAAUCUUUGUCUUCUUUCGUCACAGUCACAGAUUAGAUGUACACUUGUCAUAUCUUUCAAAUAUCACUGUAAUUGUCAAAGUAUCUAAUCGUUUUUUAAAUUGAUUAAUGUUAUGAAUAUAAAUGUUGUACUUACGGUUACAGUAUACUGUCAUUGAGGUUCAUUUAAUAUAUUAAUUGAUGUUUGUUUUCAUUACGUUAACUCAAUAAAGUGUGUAAAUAAAA